UAUCGGAUGUACGCAAUUGUUUUAUAAAAGCAUACAUGCAGCAUUCGACUCUCUCCGUCAACCUCUACAACAAUUGUUUCUUCCUUCUUCACUGGAUCAUCCCCAAUCCAUUUCAAAAUCAUGUCGCGGACCAAAGAUUUCUUCUCCGAAGACUUAGACUCCGGCAUGCAAAUUAACCUGUCCAACAAAAGAAAAAAGCUGUUCUUAACUGCUUUUGCUUUAAUAAUCCUAUUAGCCUCGGCUUUAAUAGGCAUUAUCGUCGGAGUCAAAUCUCGAAACUCAGGCUUCGACAACUCCAGCCCAGAAAGCAUCACGGAUUCUGAAGCUCACGCAAUCGUAAAAUCAGCAUGCAGCAGCACGUUUUACCCUGAACUAUGCUAUUCCACAGUCACAAGCCACCCCGAUGUCAACAUAAAGGUCAAAAAUCUUAAGAACGUGAUCGAACUUGCUGUUAAUAUCACAGUAACCGCCGUCGAACAGAGUUACUUCCAGAUAAAGAGGCUCACCACUCGCAAAGGUCUCACGAAACGAGAGAUAACGGCGCUUCACGACUGUCAUCAGAUGAUAUCGGAGACGUUGCACGAACUCCUCGAUGUUAUCAAAGGCCUCGAGAAGUAUCAAACCAAGGAAUCACUACGGCAUCAUGCCAAUGAUCUCAAGACGCUAAUGAGCUCCGCCAUAACUAACCAGGAAACUUGUUACGACGGAUUUUCCCACGAUGGAGCGGAUAAGAAUGUACGUAAAGAACUGGAGCAAGGCGAGAGAAGGGUGGAGAAGAUGUGCAGCAAUGCAUUAGCAAUGAUUUGUAACAUGACUAAUACGGAUUUGGCCGAAGAGAUGAAGCUGAACGCGAGGAAGUUGAAGGAGGAAGAAAACACGGAAUGGCCAGGGUGGUUAUCUGCCGGAGACAGGAGGUUGUUGCAGUCAGGGACGGUGAAACCCAACGUGGUGGUUGCUACGGAUUGUAGUGGAAACUACAGGACGGUGGCUGACGCCGUGGCAGCUGCACCAUCACAUAGCAGAACAAUUUACGUGAUUAAGAUAAAGGCUGGUGUAUACCACGAAAACUUUGAAGUCCCGUCGACCAAAACUAACAUAAUGUUUGUGGGAGAUGGAAGAAAAACUACAAUCAUCACCGGUGGCCGAAGCGUUAAAGGAGGAAGCACCACCUUCAACUCCGCCACCGUUGCGGUUGUAGGUGAUCGGUUCUUGGCAAGGGACAUAACGUUUGAAAACACAGCCGGACCUUCAAAUCACCAAGCAGUCGCACUUCGUGUCAGUUCAGAUUUAUCAGCAUUCUAUCAAUGUGACAUGUUGGGCUACCAAGACACCCUUUACGUCCACCGUGGUCGUCAAUUUUUCAUCAACUGCUACAUCGCCGGCACUGUGGAUUUCAUAUUCGGCAACGCAGAGGUGGUGUUCCAAGACUGCGACAUCCAUGCACGCCGCCCUGGACCUUCUCAAAUGAACAUGAUCACGGCACAAGGUCGCACAGAUCCUAACCAAAACACAGGGAUUGUGAUCCAAAAGUGCAGAAUAGGUGCCACUUCAGGUCUCCAACCAGUCCAAAGUAGAUUCCCAACGUAUCUUGGACGACCAUGGAAAGAGUAUUCAAGGACGGUGGUAAUGCAGUCUGUCAUUAGCGAUGUGAUUCACCCCGCCGGAUGGUACGAGUGGAAUGGGAACUUUGCGCUCAACACAUUAUUCUAUGGUGAGUAUCAGAAUAUAGGGGCCGGAGCUGAAACUUCAGGUAGAGUAAAAUGGGGAGGGUUCAAGGUAAUCACGAACUACGCAGAUGUUCAACGGUUCACCCCAGAAAGCUUCAUUGGUGGGGGACGGUGGUUACACGCCACCGGUUUUCCUUACUCUCUAGGUUUAUGAUUAAGCACGUAAUUAAUGUAUUGCAAUUGUUUGUGUGUGUAUCGAAUAACGAUGGUCUUAAAUUAAGGAGCGUCUAC